GGGAGGGACUGGAAAGAAGGGAAGAGAAACAUAGAGGAGAUAAGGAGGAGGUGCAAUUUUACACUGGUCAGAUUGCUUAAUCUCCCUUCCCCCCUUUCCUCCCAGAGCCUUGGGGACAACCAAGGUUUCCUCUGCUUCACUCACCUUUCAUUUCCUCACCAUGGUCAGGGAAGACAGCUCACCCUGGAGUCAGAAAUGCAGGUGCUUCAUGCUGGGACUCGUAGUCAUCCUAAUGCUUGGGAUUGUCGUGAUCUUCGUGACUGUGAUCUUUGCCCGCAGGAGGGACCCACCAGCCGAGUUGCCACAAUGGAAGGGAGGAGGAACGACCCACAACUUGAAAGAAAUCAUAUUGGGGAGAUGCUUCACUUAUAUCAGGAUGGUGAACCCAGGGCUGAGAAAGGAUUGUCUAAAAAUAUGGGAAACUUUUGAAAAUGCAUUUAUUUCCAAGAACCCAUGUAACAUCACAGAGCAGGAUUAUCAGCCUCUGAUGGAGUUGGCUGCUCAUCCUAUACUUUGUAAUAAGACUCUCCUUUGGAGCAAAACCAAUGAGCUGGCUCAUCAGUACACCAAAGUCCAAGGUAGUUUACUCACUCUGGAGGACACACUGCUGGGCUACAUGGCUGAUAAAGUCACAUGGUGUGGGAGUCCAUCAAGUACAGAAAUGAACUAUCAAUCUUGCCCAAGAUGGAAUGAAUGUACCAACAAUUCCAACACGAUAUAUUGGAAAAUGGCAUCCAAAAUUUUUGCAGAAGCAGCCUGUGGUGUGGUCUAUGUGAUGCUCAAUGGGUCAAUCAGCCAACCCUUCAGAAAUAGCAGCAUUUUUGGAAGUGUGGAGAUUCACCAUCUGAAUCCAGAGAAAGUUCCUUUGGUGAAGAUUUGGGUGAUGCACAACAUUGAAGAACAGUCCAGUGACUCGUGCUCAGAUUCUUCUAUCAAGGAUCUGAAAUCCAUUAUAGAAGGCAGGAACAUUGCAUUCUCCUGUGAGAAUGACCACAGGAUGCUACUAAAGUCUGGGAACAUAGCCCCCAAGUCCCCAGUCCGAAAGUCCAUAAUUUUGGAAUGGAUGAGUAAGAGGUCCUGGAAAGAGCUUCCAUGGAUCUGAAACCCUAGCCACAGAAAGAGGAAGUCUUACCUGUGUUCUCCAUUUCGGUAUUCUCUUCCCUCCUUCCAACAAUUUCUGACAUAGGGCUCAUUCAGGGCACCAAAGACCUCUCUGUGUUGUGUGAUAAUUCUAUGGUACCAUAGGAGAGAAGAGAAGGAAAUAGGGCAUUAGUUGGGAAUUGGAACAAGCAGGUAGAUAGAAGAUCAUGUAAUAAAAUACUCUGCUUACAGAUAUUAUACCAGAGUGAAAGGGAGGAGAGGCACAGAUGAGCACCUCAAGAUUUAAGUACUUGAAGUUACAGAGAACCUUCUCCCCUAAGAAAUCCUUUCUCCCUUCAGGGCCCCCUCACCCUUUCAAAGAUUAUCUGACUGUGUUUAUUUAACUAAAGAUGAUUUAAUAACAAAAUCAAAUUGGGAAGGUAUCAGGGUAAAAGGAAUAGGAAUUUGCCCUAUACUUUGCUACAAUUGGAUUUGAGUCUCUCUUAGCUUUUGAGAUGAGGCCAGGCCUCACAGGCUUGUGGAGGGUUUCUUUUAUUCUUUUUCAUGCUAAAUCUAUGCUAUCUUUCUUAAGUUCAAAGUCUUUAGCAGUAGACAGCAAGAGGAAAAAGAGAAUCUGACUUUCAGAGCUGAUUGGGCCUGUCUCUUCAGGAUAAUGGCCCCAAAGACUGGCCUUACAAUUCAAGCAGCUCCCUUUACAUCCUUUUGUUUGAUGAUAUGGUCUACAGGAAUCUAGGUAGAGCGAACAGUUGUGAAAAUGCAGGAAUAGGGGUGUUUUCUAUUCUGAGAGGCAGGGAGAGAUCCUUCCAGUCCAAGGUCCAGGAAAGAGUGUACCACUUGAAAGCAAUUGUCCCUCUCCAAGUCUCCCCUCCCCCCUCCAACUGCCUUUGCUGUCCAUCAAUCUUUAACAUUCCAAACCCUUUCUAUGCAAUAUUUUCCCCAUGAUCAAUAAAUUCUGACUACUUUUGAAUGAUGUGCCCCUCCUUAAAUUAUAUUUAUUUCAUCUAUUUAAAAUUUGCUUCUCCCAAUAAAAUGUAAGCUCUUUGAGAAUAUUGAGCCCAUAAAA